AUGUUUAACAAUUGCCUUAACAUACCAGACAUGUCUCCAAUUCUCGAUGAGUACUUCUUUAACAGCCGUUGCAUAUGGGUGAAUGGCCCUGUAAUAGUUGGUGCUGGUCCUUCAGGUCUUGCAGUUGCUGCAGGCCUUAAACAACAAGGUGUUCCCUUCAUAAUCCUCGAACGCGCCAACUGCAUUGCCUCUCUUUGGCAAAACCGAACUUAUAAUCGCCUUAAGCUUCACCUCCCUAAACAAUUCUGCCAGUUACCAGACUUUCCAUUUCCUAGUAACUUCCCGGAAUACCCCACCAAGUAUCAGUUCAUUAACUACCUGGAAUCCUACGCAAAACACUUCGACAUAACCCCGCAUUUCAAUGAAACAGUUCAAUCUGCUAAGUUUGACGAAACUUUCGGGUUGUGGCGUGUCAAAACUGUUUCAUCUAGUGGUUCAGGAUCAGUCGAGUAUAUUUGCCGGUGGCUUGUAGUGGCCACUGGUGAAAAUGCAGAGAAAGUUGUGCCUGAUUUCGAAGGCUUGCAGGAAUUUGAGGGUCAUGUUUCUCAUGCUAGUGACUACAAAUCAGGUGAAAGUUACAGAGGAAAGCGUGUACUAGUUGUUGGUUGUGGCAAUUCAGGCAUGGAAGUCUCUGUCGAUCUCUGCAACCACAAUGCAAAGCCCUCAAUGGUCGUUCGAAGCUCGGUUCAUGUAUUGCCGAGGGAAGUUCUUGGGAAAUCAACAUUUCAAUUAGCAGUUUUGAUGAUGAAAUGGCUACCACUUUGGCUAGUAGACAAGAUUUUGCUUAUUCUAGCACGAUUGAUUCUCGGCAAUGUAGAAAAAUAUGGUCUAAAAAGGCCGCCUAUAGGUCCCUUACAGUUGAAGAACAGUGAAGGGAAGACUCCAGUUUUGGACAUUGGUGCUUUACAAAAAAUUAGAUCCGGUGAAAUUAAAGUUGUCCCUGGAAUCAGAAGGUUCUUUCAGGGCAGAGUGGAGCUUGUUAAUGGAAAAAAUCUAGAUAUUGACUCUGUUAUUCUCGCAACUGGGUACCGCAGCAAUGUUCCUUCAUGGCUAAAGGAAAAUGAAUUAUUUUCUGAAGAUGGAAUUCCAAAAAAUCCAUUUCCAAAUGGGUGGAAAGGCAAAGCAGGACUUUAUGCUGUUGGGUUCACAAAAAGAGGUCUUUCUGGUGCAUCUUUAGAUGCUGUAAGUGUAGCUCAUGACAUUGCCAAGACUUGGAAGGAAGAAACACGGCAGAAAAGAAAGUCCAUUGCAUCUCGUCAUAGAAGAUGUAUAUCACAUUUCUAA